CCAGGCUUCAGGCCCCGACCCCUGGCGGCUUCCCUAGUCCAGUCUGCCCUGCUAGGUCGCUGUGCCAGCGUGAUGUUUCACGAGAUGAAGUGCUUAGUGAAGGCCGCCGCGUUCGCUGCGGGCGCUACAGGAUGCCCUCCUCUUCAGUUUAAGAGCCUCCUAGAACCCUGGGAUGAGUAGGAUCAUCUAACUUGACUUCGAACCAGAGACUUCAGCCACUCUAGCCUGUGCCUCCCUGCCAGCUGUAUGUAAUUCUGCCCCAGCUGCACCUACCUCGUCUUAUGGUCGAAGGAGUUCCCACAGAAUUUAGAGCAUUCCAUGUACAAAGAUAUAAGGCUGUCUUCUUUGGUGUUAAAUUGAGACUUUCUGGGCUUUUCUCCAGAGUCCAAACUCCAGUUGUCUCAGGGAAAAAUUUUUCCACAUCACAGUCCCUGCAGCACGUGUCAGGUCCUGUGUGGAACCUGGGCCGGCUCAAUCAUGUGGCCAUAGCAGUGCCAGAUUUGGAAAAGGCCUCGGCAUUUUAUAGGGAUGUUCUAGGGGCCCAGGUAAGUAAGGCAGUCCCACUUCCAGAACAUGGAGUAUCUGUUGUUUUCGUCAACCUGGGAAACACCAAGAUGGAACUGCUUCACCCACUGGGAAGUGACAGUCCAAUCGCAGGCUUCCUGCAGAAGAACAAGGCUGGAGGAAUGCAUCAUGUUUGCAUCGAGGUGGACAAUAUAAAUGCAGCUGUGAUGGAUUUGAAGAAAAAGAAGAUUCGAAGUCUGAGUGAUGAAGCCAAAAUUGGAGCACAUGGGAAACCCGUGAUUUUCCUCCAUCCCAAAGACUGUGGCGGGGUUCUUAUAGAACUGGAGCAAGCAUAAUUUAUAAUUGUGAGACACUUAAUUGACCUGAACAAGCCUUAUCAACACUAUCAGAUGUAUUGUGCUACUGCUUCUACUACUUAAAACUUCAGAUUAAUUACAGAGAGAUUAAAAUAUAUGGACAUGUAUA